UUGUUUUUAUUAUUUUAUGCAGUUGGUACAUGCAUGCACAUUCCUCUAAUUAUUCUCAUCACCAAAUACUAUUCGUAGUCCAGUCCUUGUUUGUUUGCUAGCUACUCCAUCUCCAUCUCCAUCUCCUGAUUUCCAUCUCCAUGCACGCCGGCCGGCCGGAAUAGUAGUUAGUACAUGGACCGAUGGAUCGAUCGAUCAUCGUCACCGCCCCGUCAUUCAGUCAUUUGGAAUGGAAUGUAGCUGGCCACCUAGCUAGCUUUGAAUUUCUGCUUCUGCUUCUGAGUCUGAGGUAGCUAGCUAGGGAAGGGCACUAUAAGUUGGACCUCCUGCCUCCACACCCCAAGCCUUGCUCCUCAUCUCAUUCCCUCCCAUUCUUCCAUCUCCUCUGCUAUCUACGUAUCUAGCAACUCUAUUCCAUUUCCAUUUGCAUUUGCAUUUGCAUCUUGCAUUCACUACUACCUCAACACUGUUAUCUGCUAGCAACUCAACUACAUUCAGUCGCUCAACACUUACCACUCUACCCUAGCUAAUAUAAGCUAAGCUAGCUUCACCUCCAACACAAAUCAUCAUCACCAUCACCAUGGGCGAGCAAGUAGCCACCAAGGAGGAGGCCAACAACAAGGAAGAAUCACCCGCACCCGCCGCCGCCGCACCUGAAGCUGCACCGGCAGAGGAGAAGAAGGACCAAGCAGCACCACCACCAGCCGACCAAGACGCAAACAAGGAGGAACCACCAGCCGAAGCUGCUCCUCCUCCACCGCCGGUGCCGGUGCCGGUGCCGGUGAUCCUGGGCGUGGAGGUGCACUGCACGGGCUGCGCCAAGCGGAUCAGGCGCUCCCUCCUCCGCUGCAAGGGCGUGGAGUCCGUCCACGUCGACAUGCCCGCCAACCAGGUCACCAUCAAGGGCGCCGUCGACCCGCAGGCGCUCUGCGACCGCCUCCGCGCCAAGACCAAGCGCGACGCCACCCUCAUCUCGCCCUUACCGCCACCUCCGCCGGCCGAGGGCGAGGAGCCUGCGCCACCCCCUCCCCCGCCGGCGCCGCUGGUCACCGAGGCCCGCACCGUGGAGCUGCUCGUCAACAUGCACUGCGAGGCCUGCGCCCAGCAGCUGCAGACCAAGAUGAUGAGGAUGAAGGGGGUGGUCAGCGCCCAGACGGACCUCGCCGCCGGCAGGCUCACGCUCAGUACCACCGUGGACGAUGAGAAGAUUGUGGAGUACAUCCACCGACGGACCGGGAAGAUCGCCUCCGUCGUGCCGCCGCCGCCUCCGGAGCCGCCCAAGGAGGAGGAGCCACCCGCUGCUGCUGCGGAGCCCAGCAAGGAGGAAGCACCAGCCGACGCCGACGGCAAGAAAGAAGAGGCCGGCGAGAACAAGCCGGCUGAAGACGGCAAAGCUGCUGCAGAGGCCGAGGAGGAGAAGAAGGAAGGUGGUGGUGGCGCCGGCGAAGAUGACCAGAAGCCGGGGAAACAAGAAGGCGUGGCGGUGGACGGCUUCCCGCCGGAGGAGAUGAUGAAGCGGAUGGUGUACUGGCCCUACGGCGGCGCACCCGGCGGCGGCAUCCACUACAAGCUGCAUCCGGCCGACGCCGAGGAGGCCAUGAUGGCCAGGCGGAUGGCCAUGCACGCCAUGCCUCCACCUACUCUGAUGCCGCCGCCGCCGCACCACCACCACCACAACCCCUACGCCAUGAUGCACCAGCAGUGGGCGCCUCCACCGCCGCCGCCACCUCCGGGGAUGCCGAUGUACAACAACUACAACUACGGCAGCAGCUACAUGAUGGAGCGGCCGCCGCAGAUGUUCAGCGACGAGAACCCCAACGCCUGCGUCAUCUCCUAGUCCUAGCUCGGAUCGAUGGAUAUGAGCUGAGCAUGUGAGCUUGGCCGGAUUGGACCAUCCUCCAUAUACAUUUCUAUACUCGGAUUAUAUACUGCUGCGUAAUUAUAGGCAGUAGUUAUUGUACUACUAUUAGCUACCAAAUUAAAGGACAUUGGUCACGCUUGUAAGAUCGAUCGAUGAGAGGAUGUUAAGUAUAGUAUAUACACCAAUCGAAAAAUCAAUGGAUCGCCCUACUUUUAGUUGGCGAACAAUUCCAUGUA